GCCCGUUUUAACAAAGCGGGAUGUGUGUAUGAGAAAAAGAGAGAGCUCUUUUAUCAGCCUCUCUCUCUCUCUCUCUCUCUCUCUCUCUCUCUGACUCUCUCCACCCCUCCUUCCCUCCCUCCCUCCCUUCUUCCCUUCCCACCCUCCCUUUCCCUCUCUCUCCCCUCUCUCUCUCUCUAAUGUGCGAGCUGGGAAGCUUAUAAAAGCCUGAUGUAAUCCUUAAUGCAGCCUCUGGCUACAUAAACCGAGUCUAGUUGCAACAACCGGGAGAAGGAGGAAGGGAAGGGAAGAAGGAAAACCGAAAUCCAGAAGCAGAAUUGUUCGAAAAGGAGAACAGACUCAGGGAAGCCUCAAAGAGGGUCUUUGGCCAUGGAUGGAUAUGCGCCUAUCUGAUCUUCCCGGGAAAGAAGGUUCCGCUUUCACGGUGGGGCUGGGGGCCACACAACGCUACCUUGAACCUUUCGGUUUUUCGAAGAAGACUCACUCGCUUCUCCGGUGGAUCUAAUCCCUCCUCGGGUUUCUUCCGUUCAGCUGCAGUCCUUCUCUAGCGUGGGCUUUGAGCUGCUCCCUUCGCGAAGGAUGCCUGCCGCCUUCAGAUGAUUCUUAAGCAGCUUGCAUUCUGGUUUGGGUACUGAAAGAUCCAAGCGGUUUUUGUCUUGUCUUUUACUUUACCUUUUGGAGCAAAGUUUUGCUUGGUUUGGUUCGAGAGAGAGAGAGAGAGAGGCUUGGAAGGGGAGAAAAGGCAAAAGAACCACCCACCCCGAAAGCCUUUUGGACUCUCUCGUCAAUGGCCAUUUUCUUACUUCUGGAUUUGUGCAUGGUUUCCAUUUGGAAUUUGCCCUAGCUGGGGGAAAGGAUAUAAUUGCUGGAUGGUCGAAAAGGUGUUGCUUUCCGAAGCCACAAGGAGGAGCCCACAUCUAAACAUGGGAAGGCUGGAUUAAUCACGCAUAGGACCUGGAGCAAGAACUCUCUCUUUUCCUCCUGUUAUGUCCAAGAUCUGCCCUCUGCCUGGCAAUUGCUUUGAGUUCCAAAGGACCAGGGACCUAGGAUGAGGAGGAGCACUAGAUUUUCCUUGAACCUGCUUUUGUUAUUGCCACUUUUCUUUGUGUGGACAGUGGUGGCCCUUGACAUUGGGCAAUCUCCGUGCACCACUUUGGUCCAGGGCAAAUUCUUUGGGUAUUUCUCCUCAUUUGCUGUCUUCCCAUUGAACACUUCCCAUUGCUCUUGGAUUAUCCAGAAUCCUGAUCCCAGGAGGUACACCUUGUACAUGAAGGUCUUGAAGCCCAUGGGCAUAUGUGACCACCAGCAGGUCCGCACCUACCAAUUUGACUCAUUCUUAGAGUCUACUCGGACGUACUUGGGCAUGGAGAGCUUUGAUGAUGUGCUCAACCUUUGUGACAGCUCCACCCGCUAUGCCUUCCUCCAGUCCAACAAGCAGUUCCUCCAGAUGAAGCAGACCACUUCUACAGUUGAAAACCGCUACGUCCAGUGGAAGCCUACCAAGGUCCAGGAAAGAGAUUUCUCAGUGGAAUACCUGGUGGUUGGCAACAGGAACCCCAGCAAGCCUGCCUGCCAGAUGUUGUGUAAAUGGCUAGAUACUUGCUUAACUACCAGCAGUAGCUCCCACCCCUGUGGCAUCAUGCAGACACCAUGUUCUUGUGCCAGUGGAGAGAUGCUGGAUCAGCCCAGUGAGAUCCUUGGGUUAACCAAAAAGAAAGACGAUUGUUUUAAGGACGGGAUUUAUUUGGAAAACUGCAUGAGCAGCCCAAAGGACAGCAGUGGGCUGGAUUUCUUGGGUGGCUGGAACCCUUGGUCGGCAUGGGGAGAGUGCACCCGGGACUGUGGGGGAGGCCUCCAGACUCGCACCCGCACCUGUCAGCCCCUUCCCGACGAUGGCCUCACCUGCGAGGGAGUCUUAGAAGAAGGCAGGCUGUGCAAUAGGAAAGCAUGCAAUCCCAACAUUCACUACAAUUCCCGAAGCCAGUCACUGAGGUCAACGGAUAACCGGAAGCGGGACGAUGCAGAUGAUUUUCAGCAGUAUGGGUACCCUGCACCUCAAAUAGGUGAUCCAGCUGCCGAGGAGUGGUCCCCUUGGAGCGUGUGUUCAACCACCUGCGGGGAGGGCUGGCAAACUAGGACAAGAUUCUGUGUGUCGUAUUCCUACAGCACCCAAUGCAGUGGGCCCCUCCGAGAGCAGAGGCAAUGCAACAAUUCCGCCGUUUGUCCAGUACACGGGACGUGGGAUGAGUGGUCUCCAUGGAGCCUGUGCUCAUCAACUUGUGGACGAGGGUACAGAGAUCGCACCCGGACCUGCAAACCUCCUCAGUUUGGUGGCAACCCUUGUGAAGGACCUGAGAAACAAACCAAGUUCUGUAACAUUGCACUUUGCCCAGGCCACUCAGUGGAUGGGAACUGGAACGAGUGGUCGAGCUGGAGUUCUUGUUCUACCUCCUGCUCCAACGGCACCCAGCAGCGGACAAGGGAGUGCAAUGGGCCGUCCUACGGGGGAGCCGAAUGCCAGGGCCACUGGGUGGAGACCCGAGAUUGCUUCCUGAGACAAUGCCCAGUGGAUGGGAAGUGGCAAGCCUGGGGCUCGUGGGGGAGCUGCACAGCGACUUGUGGAGGUGGGACGCAGAAAAGGGACCGGGUGUGCUACGGUCCUUUCUUUGGAGGAGAAGCCUGCCAAGGCCCCAAAGAGGAGUACAAGCAGUGCAAUGAAAAGAGGUGUCCAGAGCCCCAUGAAAUCUGUGAUGAAGAUAACUUUGCCUCGCUGUUUUGGAAGGAAACCCCUGCUGGAGAGGCUGCUGAUGUUCGCUGUCCCCGUAACGCCACAGGACAGAUCCUACGGCGGUGUGUGCUGGAUGAAGAGGGCAUUGCCUUUUGGACACUUCCAACGUAUGUCAAGUGUGUUUCCAUUGACUACCGGAAUAUACAGAUAAUGACAAGGGAACAUCUUGCAAAGGCCCAGCGGGGGCGGAUAGGGGAAGGGGUAUCGGAAGUGUUGCAAAAUCUGGUGGAGAUUUCUCAGGAUGGGACCAGUUACAGUGGGGAUCUGCUAUCUACCUUCGACGUACUCAGGAAUAUGACCGAGAUCUUCCGCAGGGCUUAUUAUAGCCCCACCGCUGGUGAUAUACAGAACUUUGUCCAGAUAAUUAGCAACAUAUUGAUGGAGGACAACCGAGACAAGUGGGAAGAGGCUCAACUGAUGGGGCCAAAUGUCAAGGAGCUCUUUAGGCUAGUAGAAGACUUCAUUGAUGUCAUAGGAUUUCGCAUGAAGGAUUUCCAGGAUUCCUACCAAGUGACUGAAAACCUAGUCCUCGGCAUUCAGAAGCUUCCUGCCAAUGCAGCUAAGGAUAUCAGCUUUCCUAUGAAAGGCUGGCGGGGCAUGGUGGAUUGGGCCCGCACUGCAGAUGAUAAGGUCACAGUAUCCAAGAGCAUUCUUUCUACAGGGGUUUCAGAGACCGAUGACUCCGCUGUCUUCGUGGUGGGAACUGUGCUGUACCGCAACCUGGGUGGGAUCCUCUCCCUUCAGAGGAACACCACGGUCUUAAAUUCCAGAGUCAUCUCAGUGACCGUGAAACCCGCUCCCCGGUCGCUCCUCACUGCACUGGAGAUUGAGUUCUCCCACUUGUACAAUGCAACUACCAACCAGACCUGUAUCCUCUGGGAUGAAGCUGAUGUACCCUCCUCCUUCUCCACCUCCUCCUCCUCCUCCUUCUCCUCCUCUCAGCUUGGUGCCUGGUCCUGGCGUGGCUGCCGAACGGUCCCGGUCGAUCCUUUCCGAACUAAAUGCCUCUGUGACAGAAUCUCUACCUUCGCCAUCUUAGCCCAGCUCAGUGCCGAAAUGAAUGCAGAAAAAGCCCUCGUCCCUUCUGUCACGUUAAUAGUUGGCUGUGGAGUGUCCUCCCUGACUCUCUUGCUCUUGAUAAUCAUUUACAUCUCAGUCUGGAGAUAUAUCCGCUCGGAACGCUCUGUCAUCCUCAUCAACUUUUGCCUGUCCAUCAUAUCUUCCAACGCUCUUAUCUUGAUUGGGCAAACCCAGACGCGGAAUAAGGUGAUCUGCACCUUGGUGGCAGCCUUCCUGCACUUUUUCUUCCUCUCCUCCUUCUGUUGGGUGCUGACAGAAGCUUGGCAAUCUUACAUGGCUGUGACGGGCAGGCUACGGAACCGCAUCAUCCGUAAACGCUUCCUGUGUCUUGGAUGGGGCUUGCCCGCCUUGGUCGUUGCCAUCUCUGUGGGAUUCACUAAAGCCAAGGGAUACGGCACCUCAAACUAUUGCUGGCUGUCUCUAGAAGGAGGUCUGCUUUAUGCCUUCGUGGGACCAGCAGCUGCUGUCGUUUUGGUGAACAUGGUUAUUGGUAUUCUGGUGUUUAACAAACUUGUAUCCAAAGAUGGAAUAACAGAUAAGAAACUGAAGGAACGGGCAGGUCAGAUGGCAGUGCCCCUUUACGGCAUCACGCUCAAAUGUUCCAAGUGUGGAGUGGUUUCUUCCGCUGAAGUUUCGGCCACAGCCACCAGUAACGCCAUGGCGUCGCUCUGGAGCUCCUGCGUGGUCCUACCUCUUCUGGCCCUGACGUGGAUGUCGGCAGUGCUGGCUAUCACAGACCGUCGGUCAGCCCUCUUCCAGAUCCUCUUUGCUGUCUUUGACUCCUUGGAGGGCUUUGUCAUUGUGAUGGUCCAUUGCAUCCUGAGAAGAGAGGUGCAGGAUGCUGUGAAAUGCCGAGUGGUGGACCGCCAAGAAGAAGGAAAUGGAGAUUCUGGUGGAUCAUUUCAGAAUGGACAUGCUCAGCUAAUGACUGAUUUUGAGAAGGAUGUGGAUAUGGCCUGUAGAUCAGGUGAGCACAUGACAGUGCUAAAUAAGGACAUCAGCACUUGCCGCACGAUGACCAUUACAGGGACGCUGAAGCGUCCAUCGCUACAGGAUGAGGAGAAACUGAAGCUGAACCACCAGAAGGGUUCGUCGAACUUUAAUAGUCUUCCAGCCAACGUCUCAAAGAUGCACCUCCAGAGCUCCCCACACUAUCUGGGGGCCAUCAACCUCAACGAUUUCAGCAACCACACCCUCACUUUGAAGAAAGACAAGGGCCAGCCGCCCAAGUCAAUCUACAUCUGUGAUGGGGACAUCUUUAAAAAGCUGGACUCAGAGCUCUCCCGGGCGCAGGAUAAAGCCAUAGAUACCAGCUAUGUCAUCCUGCCCACCAAUACCUCCACCUUGCGGCCCAAGCCACCGCCACCGCCGCCACCGCCGAAGGACGAUACAAAGUACAGCAUCAAUAUUGACCAGAUGCCACAGACAAGACUCAUCCACCUCAGCAUGGCCACUGACCCGGGCUUUGUUGUCAAAAGCCCUCCAAGGGAACCUGUGGUGAUGGGCUGUGGGGAGAUCCAGGCCUCCCCCUUGUUGCAGCAGCAGCAGCAGCAACAACAACUGUCUCCUCCUCUGGUUAACAAGUCUGGCGAUUCACAGAUGCCAAACAGCUUGUGUGAUAUGGGCGAGUCCGGGAACUCUGGCAUGGUGUCCAAAAGUGAGACAGUCUCCACCCUUUCCAUGAGCUCCCUCGAGAGACGGAAAUCCCGGUACGCAGAGCUAGAUUUUGAGAAAAUCAUGCACACAAGAAAACGCCACCAAGACAUGUUCCAGGACUUGAACCGGAAGCUGCAGCAUGCAGAGAAAGAGAAGGAGUCACCAACAGCAGAUAGUAAGGCUAUAAAACGAUGGAGUGUUUCUUCGGGUGGAAGUGAUAAAACUAACACUAGCCAAGAAAAACAGCAAACACCAAACAAGAGACCCUGGGAAGGAAUCCGGAAGGUCCACUCACCACCGGCAUGGGUUAAAAAGGACAUGGAGCCUGUUGUGCAGUCUCCUUUGGAACUCAAAACUGUCGAGUGGGAAAAAGCAGGGGCCACGAUCCCCCUGGUGGGACAGGACAUUAUUGACCUUCAGACAGAGGUCUGAGGAGGAAAAGAGAAGAGAAAAGAGACUCUUAGGGUGUUUUUUCCUCCCCCGGAAAACAAAACAAAAACAAAAAACAAACAGAUAAGAUUUUUUAAAAGAAAAAAUAACCAAUUAAAUGGAAUCAAAAUGAAGAGAGCAAAGUCUGUUGGUUUCUUUUUGAAACUUUUACAUUAAAAAAGAAGAAAAUGUGGAGUAACCUUUGUAUUUUUCUCUGCAGAAAGAGUAGGGGGAAACUAUUACUUUGUAGAACACAGUAGCAGUAGGUGCAGAAUGAAAUAUGGUCUUUCCCAGGUAAGGAAGCAGGCCAAGGGGAGGGGAAGGUAUUGGGGGAAGGGAGGAUUAGAGUUGGGGAAAGGGGGAGAUCAGCCUGAUGCACUUAGUGGCAAAAGGAGUAUUGGAGGAUCUUCACCAAGAGGAUGCCGAUGGCCAUGUUGUGGCAAUAGAUGAGGAAGGAAAGAAGUGGCAAUCAUAAUGAUUCAAUGGGAACAGGAAAACAUACCGCGUGGUGGAUGACCAACUGUUUCACUGGACACAGCCUACUACCGGUUGGCUCUUGUAUGGGUGGUGGGGGAGGGAGAGCAAUAUAUUUUCUCCCUUCCAUCUCCUCACUAUCACCAGGAAGGAAUCAGAACUGGAGAUUCUCAACCGAGAAGAGGACUCCUCAUGGAGUUGGAUUUUCCCAGCAGCUCUCCAUGAACCAGCUCAGAGGAUAUCAAUCUGUGAGGCAACACAAAAGGAUGGGAGUCCUGCUGGGGGAUUCCCAAAUGUCUUCUUCCAUACUGGAUUUCCUGAACUCUUAAUUUUUUUAAAGUGUGAUGUAUGGACAACAAAGAAAGCUCCUCUAAAGACAAUUGAGAUCCACUCAACCUGUCUCCAGACAGAAGAACUUGACUGGGUGGGGAAGGGUUUUUUUUAAACAAACAAUGAACAAAAAAGAAUGUAGGUCAUUAUAUUGACUGUUAGUAGAUCAUAGACAAGCUUAAUGUGGGCCUUUGUACAAAGGUUCACGGGGCCUCAUCUUUUUUUCUUUGUUUUUGAAAGACUCGACAACACCUUUUUCUCUCUCCACUUUCUGAAAGUGGACAAUACCCAGUUUACAGACCUGGAGAAGUUGAGAAUAUGGAGAACAUUGCCUUAGGACUUUGAGACAAACUGGAAAAACAAUGAGUAACAUCCACUUGGGAAAAAAACUAUUUUUUUCUUCUUUUUCUUUUCUUCAAUAAAAAGAGAACUUGAAACCCAA